AUGCUGAGCACGAGGUCGGGUGGGGCUGCGGUGGCGGCUGCGGCUGCGAUGGCCUUGCUCAUGAUGUUGAUGGUGGAGGAGGCCGACUCUAAGAAGGUCUUCAAGAAAAAGAUCCUCAUGCAAGGGAAGAACUACAAAAUUCAUCCUGACACUGAGUCGGACAUGUGCAAUGCAGUGAUCAGUGAAAUGCACACCGAAUUGGUCAAGCACAAGAUGAAAGAUGAAGGAGAAGACAACAUCUAUGACACGGCGGGAAUGGCCAUCUGCUUGGGAGUUGUGCAACGCUACACCUUCGACAAGGAUGACACGGGUGUAUGGAAACUGAUGAAGAAGAACAAGACAGACGACGACGAUGAGGACGACAUGUUCGGGGGCAUGCCCGAGGGUGGCAACUCCCAGCAAGUGGUUGAAGGCCUCCUGCUCACAAAGAAGGUCUGCAUGGAUUGGUGUGAAGAACUUCAGCAAGAAGUAUCCGAGGUGAUGUACAAAAGGGUUGAUUCCUCCACUCCGCAAGAGAUUGCACUCGAUUUUUGCCCGCAGGCCAUCAAACCAGAAGAGAAGAGAAAGGGGAAAGUUCCAUACACUCCCAAGACUGCUGCUCCCGCACCACCUCCCAACCCUUCGGACAUGAUGCAAGACUUUCUCAACAAACGAGACACAUCUGGUGCAAUCAGCGAGAUGCUGGAAUUGGAAGCUCACUAUCCAGAGAAGACCCUUGAUCCUCCAUUCCAGGAAAAAGUCAACAAGGGAAGGGUAGACCUUCAGUGCACUGUAUGCAAGGUUGGGGUGCGGAAAGCCAUUGAAAAAGUGAAAGAGAUGAGGUCGACGACUCCCCAGUUCAAGGACCGAUGGCAGAGAGAAUCUCUCGUCACUGACAUCGUUCAAAAGAUUUGUCAUGGGAAGGAUUAUGAAAGGCUGAGGCAAGGUUACUACCCUGCUGUACCUGGAAACCCUCCUGAGUGGGCUCAAGGCUACCACAUUUUUCAGGAUGAUCCUGAAGGGCCCUGGAAGCUCUCCAGGCAGGACAAGAGGAAGAAGGACAAACAUCCUAACAGUGAAGACGGGCGGGGGUCGGAGAACUCCCGGGACGAGCACGAGUACAAUGUGAUGCGGUAUGCCAUGAUCCGGCUGGCAUGUCGGGACACCAUCGAUGAGAGGUUGAGUGAAGACGAUGGGGACCUUGCAAAUCUCAUCGUCAAUAAUCUUGAUUCUGACCCCAAGACGGUCGCUGGCACUUUCUGCAAGCCUAUCUGCUCUGCGUCCGGUGGCAAGAAGGAGGAGCUUUGA